AUGGCUACGACAUUCAUCAAAUGGGCGUCAGUCUCAUCCAGUCUCGCUUUGGGUGCUUGGAGUCUGAUGAUCACACGCACGGUUCACCGCGUUAAACCGUCCUCCAUCAGCGUGUAUGAUACCAGUGAGGAAUCAUUUCUGCAUUCUCAAACCUGUUCAGCUGUCGUAAAUCCACGAAGGCAUCAGGUUACAUCCGACACAAGAUCAAUUCAAUUCCACCUUCCCCCCUCUAAGACCCAGUAUUCGGAUGAACAAAUUUUAGCAACAUUUGUGAAAGGCUUCUUUGGUGGUUGGGUCUUCGCUGCUGAAGGGGCCCUGCUUGGUGCCGUUAAACGCAUUCCCAAAUCGCGCGAAGAAUCAAUCAUCUGGUCAUCAAAAGCGUUAGAUGAAAAGACACUACCGGCUUUGCACGCAACACUUUUUGGAGCUUUCCAACUGGUCGACAGGUGCCUGGACGUCGCAACUACCAAUGUAGUACACACACCUGCGCAGUCGAGCUACGUUGAUUUUGCAUUUGGAUCUGAUGAAUCAUCUUUUGCCGGGGCACACCGCUUCAUCGUCCACCGAGAUCACAAACCAGGCGCCCGUGGUGGUGAUGUGAUCAGGAUCACGUUUGCCUCGAUGGUCUGCAACCCGACUCAGAACAAGCCGAUGUUCUUAGCUAGUUUGUAUGCCUUCCACAGAUUUUAUGCACAACUUCUCUUCAGGGAAGCCGUCGCACAUGUGUUCAGUAGGCAGGAGCAAACGGCACUGUAA